AUGACAUUGUAUGAAAUUGGGUUUGAAAAAGCACGUACAAUGGCUGUUAUAAGUGAAAAUGAAGAGCUUACUUGGGAAGACAUUGAUAUAGAAACUGAUGAUAAUAACGAUAAUGUAAAUUCAAUGCCGAUAUUAGAACCAGAGUCAGAAGAAUCAGCAGAGUGA